GCCGGUUCAGUCGUGAAGCAGAUUGACUGUUGCGGGCUCGAUGUGGCGCAUGAGCGUGCGUGACGGGACGUAACGGCGAUCGCUCGGUGGAACCAAACUGAAUUCAAACCCCGCAAACUCGGUUGCGUGUGACCAGCGGGCCUCGGUAGCUCGGUUACCGGAGGAGAGCGGGAUCGACGUCGGGGGAGUUUACGGCAGCACGGACCGGGAGCGUGGCAGCAGGAGGGACUCAAGAGCCUGAAAAAAAAAAGAAGCCGUCACCGCGCGCAGAAAUGGCGGAGCACCACGCAGCCAGCGACGGGAAACACAAAGCGUCCGCCAACGCCGGGGGCUCGCUGCACGGGAACAGCCGAGUCGUGGCCGCACCGGCGGGCGGAGCACCGGGCAAGGGAGGCCUGUCCAUUGGACUGGCACAGCCGGCCGGGUGGCAGUCCCUGCUCUCGUUCAGCAUUCUCUUCCUGGCCUGCCUGGCGGGAUUCAGCUCCAGACUUUUCGCCGUGAUCCGGUUCGAGAGCAUCAUCCACGAGUUUGACCCAUGGUUCAACUAUAGAUCAACACACCAUCUCACCACAAAUGGCUUCUACGAGUUCCUCAACUGGUUUGAUGAAAGAGCCUGGUACCCCUUGGGCAGGAUCGUUGGCGGCACAGUAUACCCAGGGUUAAUGGUGACUGCGGGCCUCAUCCACUAUGUGCUCAACUUGCUCCACAUCACUGUCCACAUCCGUGAUGUGUGCGUCUUUCUGGCACCGGUGUUCAGCGGUCUGACGGCCAUCUCCACCUUCCUGCUGACACGGGAGCUGUGGAACCAGGGUGCAGGGCUGCUGGCGGCCUGCUUCAUCGCCAUCGUCCCUGGCUAUAUCUCCCGCUCGGUGGCCGGCUCUUUCGACAACGAGGGCAUUGCCAUUUUCGCCCUGCAGUUCACCUACUACCUCUGGGUAAAGUCGGUGAAAACAGGCUCGGUGUUCUGGACUAUCGGCUGCUGUCUCUGCUAUUUCUACAUGGUGUCGGCAUGGGGAGGCUAUGUGUUUAUUAUCAACCUGAUUCCUCUGCACGUGUUUGUGCUGCUGCUGAUGCAACGCUACAGCAAAAGAGUCUACAUCGCGUACAGCACGUUCUACAUCGUGGGUCUCGUCCUGUCGAUGCAGAUCCCUUUCGUCGGCUUCCAACCAAUCAGGACAAGCGAGCACAUGGCUGCUGCCGGUGUGUUCGCACUUCUGCAAGCCUAUGCCUUCCUGCAGUACCUGAAGGACAGGCUUACCAGACAGGAGUUCCAGACGCUGUUCUUCCUCGGAGUCUCUCUGGCUGCCGGUGUGGUCUUCCUCACUGUGAUCUAUCUCACGUACACAGGAUACAUUGCUCCUUGGAGCGGUCGUUUCUACUCUCUCUGGGACACGGGCUAUGCUAAGAUCCACAUCCCCAUCAUAGCGUCUGUGUCGGAGCACCAGCCGACGACGUGGGUCUCCUUCUUCUUUGACCUUCACAUCCUGGUGUGCACCUUCCCAGCAGGCCUCUGGUUCUGCAUCAAGAACAUCAAUGAUGAACGAGUGUUUGUGGCCCUGUACGCCAUCAGCGCCGUGUAUUUUGCCGGCGUGAUGGUGCGUCUGAUGCUGACGCUGACCCCGGUGGUGUGCAUGCUGUCGGCGGUGGCGUUCUCCAGCGUCUUCGAGCAUUACAUGGGAGACGACACAAAGAGGGAGAAGCCCCCCCUCGAAGACAGCAGCGACGAAGACGACAAGAGGAAUUCUGGGAAUCUCUAUGACAAGGCCGGAAAGGUGCGCAAGCAUGUGUCCGAGCAGGAGAAAGCUGAGGAGGGUCUGGGUCCCAACAUCAAGUCCAUCGUGACCAUGCUGAUGUUGAUGCUGCUGAUGAUGUUCGCCGUCCACUGCACCUGGGUCACCAGCAACGCCUACUCCAGCCCCAGCGUGGUGCUCGCCUCCUAUAACCACGACGGGACGCGCAACAUCCUGGACGACUUCAGGGAGGCUUACUAUUGGUUGAGACAGAACACGGACGAGCACGCGCGGGUCAUGUCCUGGUGGGACUACGGUUACCAGAUAGCAGGCAUGGCCAACCGGACCACGCUUGUAGAUAACAACACGUGGAACAACAGUCAUAUAGCCCUGGUGGGGAAGGCCAUGUCAUCCAAUGAGACCGCGGCCUAUAAAAUCAUGAGGUCGCUCGAUGUGGACUACGUGCUGAUCAUCUUCGGAGGAGUGAUCGGAUACUCCGGUGACGACAUUAACAAGUUCCUGUGGAUGGUGAGGAUAGCGGAGGGCGAGCACCCAAAGGACAUCAGGGAGAGCGACUACUUCACCCCACAGGGCGAGUUCAGGGUGGACAAGGCCGGAUCACCAACCCUGCUCAACUGCCUCAUGUACAAGAUGUCCUACUAUCGGUUCGGUGAGAUGCAGCUGGACUUCCGGACGCCACCCGGCUUCGACCGGACGCGUAACGCCGAGAUCGGCAACAAGGACAUCAGCUUCAAGCACCUGGAGGAGGCGUUCACCUCGGAGCACUGGCUGGUCAGAAUCUACAAGGUGAAGAACCUGGACAACCGAGAGCCGCUGGACCACAAGCUGCGCAGCGUCGUGCCCAAACAGAAGUACACGUCCAAAAAGACGGCCAAGAGGAAGCGAGGACACAUCAAGAACAAGCUCUCCCUGAGGAAAGGCAAGAAGCUGCAGAAAAAAUAAUGACGACGAUGACGAACUCUUCUAGGAAAACAAACAAAUGCGAAGAAAACCUCUAACAACCAAUGAAGAAGAACACGGGGGCCGUUUCUGUGGCACUUGGUCUCAAGAGCUUCUCAUAAGGGCGUCCCUGUGUGUUGAGGAAGUUGAAGUGUAAACGUCUGGCUAGCUCCAGAACUAUUGUCCGUUUUUUCCCGAGGACUGCUGUCUUGCUUUUUUUUUUUUGUUUGUUUGUUUAGUUUUCUCCUCCCUCCUGUUUUUGUUUAUUUUCUUGCUGUUAAUUUUUUCUUUUGUACUUGAAUGUUUGCUACGGUAUUGGGCUGCUCUACUUGUUCUUUUUGGCGUCUGUUAAUUUUUUUUCGUGGUACGUUAAUCGAUUGCUUAUCAGUUGGGGGUUCGGGGGCGAAGGGGGAAAUGAAAAGAAGACUUAGGAACAUUUGCACCAAAGACCCAUCGACCUUGCUCCGAGGCACAUGUUGAACUUCCUGCUGAGAGUGAGGAAGAGCGGGAGUGAAAGCUGAGGACUUUGUUCCUGACACGUGUACAGAGGACAGUAUGCGGUAUGGAGGAACGUUACCGUCUAGGCACAGCUCAUCUGUAAUAUUAACCUUUUUAUCAUCAUCGACAUCUUCUUCUUCAUCGUCAUCAUCUCCUUUCUGUCUGCUUGGCUCCCUGACCUUUAUUUUUCAACUAAUUCUUAAGACAAAAAAAUUGGCCGACUGUGUAAAUAUGUGAUGUAAAGACAAAUGUCUAAAAGGAUGAUAAUAUAUUGGAUUAUUGUGGUGAUUUUUAAAUAUGCAGUUUUUCUCUUAAUUUCAUUCUGUGAUUCUUUUCGGAAAGUUUAUUUGUUUCUUUUUUGUUUGUUAUUUUUUUUGUUUGUAUGACAGCAAAUAGAACAGUGAAUGCAAUAAUUCUUGUACAGAGGGGCUCGAGAUUUUGUUGAAAAGAAUGAAUGUGAAUUUUUACAACGUUCCUUCACCCCCCCCAACACCCGUCCCCCUGUUUUUCAUGAAUUGCGUAGAUUGUAUAUUUCUGCUGCUAGGGUUUUAAAGACGGACGCGAGCGCAACUGUGUGUAAAAAGUAGUGCUAAUGAAUUAGGCGGAGGGAGCGAGCGAAGCCUAGUGCCUCAUCCCCGGUCAUCAUCACCUCGUUUAGUUUUUUUUAGAGAUUGUCUGGAAACUGAACUGGGAGGAGGUCGAGUUCGUUCACAGACACAGACAAGAACUUCCAUCACUGUCUGAAACUUUAGGAUAGAGCUGUGUCCCAAUUCCACACUACAGGUGAAUCCUUCACGUCCCGCUGCUGUUCUCAAACAUGGAGCUAAUCAUUAGGACCAACUGUUGAUCAAUGACUUCUUCUGUCUGUCAAGUUAAAAAGAAAAUGAGCCUGGUGUGACGCUUUGAAACAUCUCGUCUUGCCUGAAACACGGUUUAAAAAGAAACCACGAUAGUUGAGCCUGCUAUUAAACAGGAAAGCAGCAAGUUCUCACGUGUUCGAAGCUGAAACAAGUAUUUUUUGUUGUUGCUUUAAUGAUUAAAAUGAUUUAUUAGAUGUAGUUUUAAGUUCACUGCAGAAUUAAGAGCAGUUCUCAAAUUCCUCUCUAACGAGGCGUUUUGAUUCUUGUUCAUAAUCUGCCAAUUUGUUUCUUGAUGAUUCGAUUGACUUUGUUGUGUUUAAAAUGUUGAAAAAGAACCAAAAAAAUAGGAAAAACUAAUAAUACAAAACAUAAAAAUAUAAAAUCUUCACACUUGAAAAGUUAUAGAAAUCAACAUUUGGCUUUUGUGUCGAAAUCGUUACUCAAAGGAUUGAUAGUACAAACAAUACUGGGAUUUUGCAGCGACUGAGAUUUCCUGACUUAACUUCAAUUAUGUUUUUCAAAUUGAUAUCACUUUGUGUCAUGUGUAAAAUGGUGGAAUGGCCCUUUACCUGUCUAUCAUGGUUUCAGCUCUAGAACAGAUACGAGAUUAAAUGUUUUUUUUAAAUCUGAAAAACAAUUCUUUAUUUGGUCCAUUCUUUGUAACAUUAGUAAACCGUAGAGCUGCCACUCACAAUUAUUUCAUUUUCCAAAAUCCAGGUCUGACCAUAUUGUGAAUGUUUUUUCUGUUUCUGUCCAAAAACUCAAACAAAUGUAGGUUAACAUCUUAGAAUUUGCUUAAAAAAUGAUGAUUAAAUAAAUAAUUGUUUUACUUCUGUUAA